CUCUCCAUGAAUUCCCCAGUGACAUCUUCACAAACGAGGACAGGAGACAUGGAGCUGUGGUCCUACACGUCCUUUGUGCCGUGUAUAUGUUUUAUGCUUUGGCGAUUGUCUGUGAUGAUUUCUUUGUCCCGUCGCUGGAAAAGAUUUGUGAACGCUUGCAUCUCAGCGAAGACGUGGCUGGGGCAACUUUCAUGGCCGCGGGAAGCUCUGCUCCUGAGUUGUUUACAUCUGUCAUAGGUGUUUUUAUCACAAAAGGAGACGUAGGCGUUGGAACCAUCGUAGGCUCGGCUGUGUUUAACAUUCUCUGUAUUAUUGGCGUGUGUGGGCUUUUUGCUGGACAGGUUGUUGCACUGUCGUCGUGGAGUCUCUUGAGAGAUUCAAUUUACUAUACACUGUCUGUUGUUGCACUCAUCGUGUUUAUUUAUGACGAAAAAGUAUCCUGGUGGGAGUCCUUAGUCUUAGUGCUGAUGUACAUCAUCUACAUCGUCAUCAUGAAGUACAACUCAACCAUACAUCACUGCUUUGAAAGGAGGACAAAAAACUCUGCGAACAUGGUCAAUGGUUUAGCAAAUAACACGGAAAUGGACGAUAACAGCAACUGCGAUGCCACAGUGGUAUUACUAAAGAAAGGAAAUUUCCACCGUAAAGCCUCAGUGAUUAUGGUGGAUGAGCUGCUGUCUGCCUACCCACACCAGCUUUCAUUUUCUGAGGCUGGGCUCCGGAUCAUGAUAACCAGCCACUUCCCUCCCAAAACUCGUCUCUCCAUGGCCAGCCGCAUGUUAAUCAAUGAGAGACAAAGGCUGAUCAACAGCAGGACUUACACCAAUGGUGAGUCAGAAGUAGCGAUCAAAAUACCUAUCAAGCAUGUGGUUGAGAAUGGAACAGGCCCCAGCAACUCUGCUGAACGAGGUGUGAAUGGUGCUCGGCGGGACGAAGACGUGGCUGAGGCUGGAAAUGAGACAGAAAAUGAGAAUGAGGACAACGAGAACAAUGAAAAUGAUGAGGAAGAGGAAGAAGAUGAUGACGACGAUGACCAUGAAGGGCCAUACACGCCUUUUGACCUACCAGCUGGCAAGAUAGAGAUCUUGAAGUGGCUCUUCACGUGGCCAUUGAGUUUUGUCCUGUACUUCACAGUGCCCAACUGUAGCAAACCCCACUUGGAGAAAUGGUUCAUGGUUACCUUUGCUUCUUCUACCCUCUGGAUUGCAGCUUUCUCCUACAUGAUGGUGUGGAUGGUGACAAUCAUUGGCUACACACUGGGAAUUCCAGAUGUGAUCAUGGGCAUCACUUUCUUGGCAGCCGGAACCAGUGUGCCAGACUGCAUGGCAAGUCUUAUCGUAGCAAGGCAAGGUAUGGGGGAUAUGGCUGUGUCCAACUCCAUCGGAAGCAAUGUUUUUGAUAUUUUAAUAGGCCUAGGCCUCCCAUGGGCUUUGCAGACCCUAGCAGUGAAUUAUGGAUCAUACAUUCGGUUAAACAGCAGAGGACUUAUCUAUUCUGUUGGUCUCCUGCUGGCAUCUGUUUUUGUCACAGUUUUUGGCGUCCACAUGAACAAAUGGAAACUGGACAAGAAGCUAGGGUGUGUGUGCCUUUCCCUUUACGGCAUCUUCCUGUGUUUCUCCAUCAUGACAGAGUUCAAUGUUUUCACUUUUGUGAACUUGCCAAUGUGCAGAGAUCACUAA